GUUUGCCUUUCGUGCGCACUUUUUUGAGUUAAUGAAUCUUAAAGAGUGAACUUUUGCUAUGAAUUUGUUAAAAAGUUUUUGGAUUUUAUCUUGAACAAGUUUAGAAUGAUGACUGGAGUCCUUACAAGAAUGAUGGCAGAGUUUAGUCUAUGAUUCGUGUAUUGUCCAGCCAUGGAAAACGGCCCUGUAUCCCAUCGAGGAAAUGCAAACAACAGGCUGUGACUAAUUAUCAACUAAUCAAGAUGAAAUCAUCAACAUUAUACUGUUUCUACAUGAUUCCUAUCCUGCAAACAGUUAUCCCAGCUCCGCUUGAUUUGACACCCUCGUUUGUAAUCCUCUCAACUAGCACGAUGCACACAAAUCCAACGAAAGCUACAGAAACUGUUAUUCAAGUUCGAUUAAAUACUACAAAAGCUAUUUCUGGAAGCAAAAUCAGCGCCUACCAAUCAAAUACAUUAUCCCACCCCUCGGUUACUCUUGCUGUUAACGCAAAUGGAGCAACAACUCGAGCAAAAACUACAGAUCCAACGACAACGGAAAGGACAACAAGAAACAAUAAUCCACUUAGUAGGAAAAAUAAUAAACGACAUAAAUACCAUUACUACUUUGUGGCAAGCAUUGCAACGCUCAGUGUGUCUGCAUUGAUAGUGAACUUCGUCCUAAUGACGAAAUUAUGCUCGUGUCAAGGCGUACCAGUUAUCACCUUGUUCGGAAUAUCACUAAUGUUUUUCAAUAUGUUACUGUCAAUAUAUGGAAUUGCCAUAGCAGCGUAUUUAUCGCAGGAAUCGUUCAGCUGGCAAAAACGUUUUUGUCAGGGAUUUACGUCGAUUAAACUCUUUUCUCUUGGAUCAGGCGUUUGGACCUUAAUUAUGUUAACGUUUCACUAUUCAAUCAAUGGUGCAGGUGGGAGAGACGCUGAAUUUAAAGGGAUUGUGUAUAUUUUAGAAGGGGUCAUGCUCUCUGGAGUAUUUGCUAUUAUGGCUUGGAUCAAGUUAGAUCCCUGGUGUUACUUAUGUUCAAUAUUAUUCCCACAGACAAUAGUUGAGUGGUUGCUGUCAGGUAUAGAAGUUUGGUAUUAUGUCAUAGCCUUACUCUUGUUAUUAAGAUACCCUUUGUAUCUGUACAACCAGAGAAGGAGAGAUCCAGAAAAAAAGGUGAAGCGGAAAAUUAAUAAAGAGCAUCCUAUAUUUAUUAUGAUACUAGUGAGUUUCAUCAUUUGGGUUUGUAGUUACGUAUUGACUGUACCGCACUUGGGAUUGUUUUCUCGCGAAGUGUCUGCCGUCGGUCGUGUGUGCGCCCUGAUGUUGGUGACGCUAAUACAACCGUUGAUUUAUACCAUACGAAAUUCGUGUUGCUGUUGUACUGGAAAUGGCUCACCGUGCUCUAAGCAGCGAAAACGAUCAGUGACCGAGGAUGUUCUGCUUGUGUGCGAAUGCUCCUGUAGCGAGACUUGCCGAGCGUGCGAUUCUGAGUUCGUUCCUCGUGUCAAAUACGGCGAUACAAAGUUUACUGAAUCCAGGAAGAAAGAAUCGCCCAAGUCGAAUAAAGAACUUUACAAAAACGGCAAAAGCAAGGACCCGAAGGUUGAAAAAACACAGGAAAUUAUUAAGAAAAAUAAAAAGCGAAAAACUAAAAGCGGAGUAGCGUUACCUAAAGCAGUUUGUAGAUCGCCAGAAAUUAUACGAAAUACACUCCAGAAACGUUCUUCCAGUACAGCGAAGGAUGAAAAAACAACAGAAGGUGAAGAUGUACCAUUGUUAGAAAAGACAGCACCGGAAGAAGCGAAUAAAAAUCAUAAAACUCCGACUAAAAUGAAACACAAUAAAACACCCGAUGAAAGUAUACCACUGCUUGAUGAUGUGGACGGAGGUGUGAAGCCACCCAAAGCUAUGCCUGAGAUAAGUCCAUUGAAGCCUGGCGUAAAAGGACAAGGAAUUGAUAGCCCUUCGCGAAACCGUCAAACAGAAUUCCCGUCUUUUAUAAACAUCAAAGGCGCUGUAAAUACGGAUGAUUUGCCCAAAGAACAAAAGAUUACUAUAGGAAUUAAUCCAAAUAAAGUUAACGGGAAACCUGUUGAUGUUGAAAGUCGUGUGUCACGUGGUCCUACGUUCUAUACAAUACCUGAAAAGAAUGACAAUGAAACUAAAAAUCAAAAAGAAAAAGUGAAAAAUGACACAAACGAAGUUAAUGUGUUACAGGAAGAAGAAAUUAAGACUGUAGAAAACGAUGAAACCACUGAACAGGUUAAAAAUAAUAAAGAUAAAGAGAAUCGUAAACAAAAGAAGAAAAAAAAGAAGAGUAAAAAGAAAGAGAAAGAAGAAAUGAAAAACACAGCUAAUAUAUCGACUGAAAGUUUAGAGUGGGACCACGCCUAUUCGUGUUCAGAUUCUUCAAAUACAGGCUCUCUGAGAGAUGAAUACAUGUUAAAAGAGAUUACUGAGGAAAACACUGAUUCCAUCGCAGAACAUAACACUCCACAACAUGCUCCUGGAAUGGAAUGGGACCCAAGUGGUUGUUCAAUGAAAAACAGUCCUGCUCUAAAAAUAAAACAAGAGACAGACCCUGUCACAGAGUGGGAACCAUAUAUUGCAAGCGAGAGCCGUACCAACCCUACAGUAAGAACGUCACCCACUGCACAUCUUAGCUCAGAAGUUAGCUUCGAAGAUCAGCCUGUUCAUUCUGUGAUCGAUAAGGAAAGCCAGAUGGCAGGCAAGAAUUCGCCACAUACAAAUGGAAAUGAAGGAGUUUUAAACAAAGAAGAAAAGAACGGAAAAGAUAAGAAUUCAAAAGGAGAUGAUACACACAAGAAUAAGAAAGCUAGUAAAAAAGCGAAAAAAGAAAAGAAGAAUAAGGAGAAGAAAAACAAAGAAGGAAACGUCAAAAAAUCGAAGAAAACGAAAAAUAAAGAAAAAAAGGGCGAUGUGAUAGAAAGUUAAAAAUAAAAUGGCGGUAUGAAGUUUAAUGCUUUGCCGAAUGAACGAAAAUGCGAUAUGUAACUCCGAAAUUAAAUAACAAUUUAUAUGAUUGUCGCAAAUUGGCGAUCAAAUUCGAAACAAAUCUUCUAUAAACUACUAGACAAUCGCCAGUGGUCGAGUAUUUAUUUUUCGAGGUACACAAAUAAAAGUGCAAAAUAGAUUUUUUUUCUUCUGGUAUUUCAGUAAAUUUUUAUUACAUGAUUUUUAUUUUUAUAAAUGAUAAUAUAGUAUGAAAAUUAAAUUUAAAUGUGUUACGCUAAAAAACAAAGAUUUUUCUUGUUGAAGUUGUUAUAUGGUUACAACUAUACUAUAAUAAGUACCCCUUUACUCUUCUUUUUCGCAUCGAAUUUGCUUUAGCAGCCAAUCUUAUUCUCCCCCUUUCGCAAGAAAAUGCAAGAAGUGGACCCAAUACCUUUCAAAAGGUGGAGUGUUUAUACCAGGUUAUAGGAAAUGGAGACGAGGUUUCAUGUUGAUAUUGCAUUUCGUUUUAGUAGACCUAACAUACUUGCCGAAAUUUUGCAAA